AUGCGCCUUUCAUUUGUGCUCGGUUGUCAAAAUGCCGUUCCAUGGUGCUACACCAUCCAAUUGCUUGAAUUAGAUUCCUCAGAAUCUCAUAAUCUUAGAAUAUCAGAAUAUCCUAAUCUCAGAAUCUCAGAAUCUCAGAAUCUCAGAAUCUCAGAAUCUCAGAAUCUCAGAAUCUCAGAAUCUCAGAAUCUCAGAAUCUCAGAAUCUCAGAAUCUCAGAAUCUCAGAAUCUCAGAAUCUCCAAAUCUCAGAAUCUCAGAAUCUCAGAAUCUUUAGAAUCUUGGAAUCUCAGAAUUUCAGAAUUCCAGAAUCUCAGAAUCUCAGAAUCUCAGAAUCUCAGAAUUCCAGAAUCUCCGAAUCUCAGAAUUCCAGAAUCUCCGAAUCUCAGAAUUUCGGAAUCUCAGAAUUCCAGAAUCUCAGAAUCUCAGAAUUCCAGUAUCUCAGAAUUUCGACAUCUCAGAAUUCCAGAAUUUCAGAAUCUCAAAUAUCAGAAUAUCCUAAUCUCAGAAUCUCAGAAUCUCAGAAUCUCAGAAUCUCAGAAUCUCAGAAUCUCAGAAUCUCAGAAUCUCAGAAUCUCAGAAUCUCAGAAUCUCAGAAUCUCAGAAUCUCAGAAUCUCCAAAUCUCAGAAUCUCAGAAUCUCAGAAUCUUUAG